AUGAAGGAUGUACUGUCUCGGUGUGGACUGCAGCCUCUUCAGGUCCUCCUCUUGCUUCAAACUGUGGGCUUUGCCCACCAGCCUGUGGGGGUACAGGCUGCACAAUCACAGACUUUGUACCAGACCACCAACGCAGCAGCAGAGGACAUCUCCUCAGUCACUGCAGCCCAACAUAGAGACCCUUUCUCCAAGAACUUUUCCUCCAAAGGUCCAGUUGACCUGAACAAUCCAGAAGUCAACUCCAUUGCUGGAAACAACACCUCUGAGAUCUCUGAGGAGCACGUAGUCAUCCACUCAAAGCCAGCAGAGGGCUGGGAUGAAAAACAGGGUGGACCAAGAAUUGGUAGUUUUUCCUUCAUGGCUACAACCAGUGGACUACAGAGUCCAGAAGAAGGUCUGUCUGAGGAAGAGAAAGAGGUGACGCCACUGGUUGGAUUGGUGCCUGCAGUCAAAAUCACAGGGCAAAGUGAAACCACCACUCAGCCAGAAGCUUCUGCUGACAACCCUCCAUCCACUGAUAACGACAUUGACGACUGCCAGUCUAAUCCAUGUCAGAAUGGUGGAACCUGCAUCGAUGAGAUCAACUCCUUUGUCUGUCUUUGUCUGCCCAGCUUCAGAGGAGCUACCUGUGAGAGAGCAGAAACUAAGGGUUGUGAGCACACAUGGAGGAAGUUCCACGGCCACUGCUACAGGCACUUCAGCCGGAGACACACCUGGGAGGACGCUGAGAAGGACUGCAGGGAGCACAGCGGACACCUGGCCAGCAUCCACAGCAUAGCUGAGCAGAACUUCAUCAGAGGUCUGAGCCAUGACAACACAUGGAUUGGGUUAAAUGAUCGAACAGUGGAGGAUGACUUUCAGUGGACCGACAAGAUGGACCUGCGAUAUGAGAACUGGCGGGAGAACCAGCCAGACAACUUCUUUGCUGGAGGAGAAGACUGUGUGGUUAUGAUCGCUCAUGAGAACGGAAAAUGGAACGAUGUGCCCUGUAACUACAACCUGCCUUAUGUCUGCAAGAAGGAAACGGCUCGACAAGCCAAUCGUCACCGGCGCCACCACCACAAGGGCAGGCGGGAGCACAGGAAGCACAAGAGACAUGGCCACAGAGAGGGAGGCCACAACAUCGCCCACAGCAUCGCCCACCUCUGAACCAAAAUAGCCCCCCCUUUGCUACAGACUGAAGUUUGCCUAUCCUUAUUGCCCCAUUUCCUACAGAAAUUAUUCUAACCUUAUAGACAAGGGCCAUCAUGUAUCAACAGUGUGUAGGAAAUGUUCUAGAUUCUGUCAUACCAAUAAAUUGUACAAUGUUAAUCAGUAAAAAAUAAAUUCAAUUCAUAUUUAUCCACAUGCACAUGCCCAUAGGGUUAGGGUACACAUAGACACAUCAGUAUGUAAUCAGUGUUGAUAAAUCCCACAUGCUUGUGCACACUCUGGGAUCAUUUGCGUUCAGAGACACCUUUUAUAAACCAUACAGUAUAUUGUAUCAACACACAU